CCUUUCCACUCUCCGCCCGCCGGAGCCACCGGAAGCGGAGGGAGCCGGGCGGAAAGGAGCGGAAAGCCCGUGACAGCCACCAGAGCCGCCACCUCCCUCCCUGUCACCCGGGUCACACCCCCGCCAGACCGCCGGGACACCCGCGCUGUCACCCCCGUCCAGUGUCACACCCCCUUCGGUGCCCGGCCAUGGCCAAGAACACACUGUCGUCGCGUUUCCGCAAGGUGGACAUCGAUGAGUACGACGAGAACAAGUUCGUGGACGAGCAGCUGCAGGAGGAGCCGGCGGAGCUCCAGGGGCCGGACGAGGGAGAGGUGGACGGGCUCAUCAGGCAAGGGGACCUGCUCCGAGCUUUCCACGCUGCCUUCCGGAACUCUCCUGUCAACUCCAAAAACCAAAUAGUAAAGGAACGUACCCAGGCAAUUGUACUGAAAGUCCUGACAUCGUUCAAAAGCAACGAGAUUGAGCAAGCGGUAAAAACACUGGAUCGAAACGGGAUCGACCUGCUAAUGAAAUACAUCUACAAGGGGUUUGAAAAGCCCACAGAGAACAGCAGCGCGAUAUUGCUACAGUGGCACGAAAAGGCAUUAGUAAUAGGAGGCAUUGGCUCCAUAGUCCGAGUUCUGACCUCACGGAAAGCGGUGUAAGAGACUGUAUUAGCUGAAUGGAGAAGUUUAUGUUCCGGGGCUCCAGCGCAGUGAAGGAAGAGUGGACGCAGAGGCCCGUCUGUCUGCAGAGAGCUAUAUAUUAAACUGUUUUGGAAAAUUCAAUUGGGAAUGCUUCUUAUUACCGACUGUGGACGAGACAUGAAUGUAUGUUUGUUUAAUGGGGUAUAUUUUGUUCCAAGCACCAGUCCUCCUUAGCAAGGCAAUGUAAACUGACAAAAAAGGUGAGGAAUUUGUUUAAGAUGGGCGAGCAGCAAUCCACUAAUAACCUCCACGAAGCACCUCCAAAAUCUGGCCACGCCGAGAGGUGCAGCUUCUGUAGCCAAGGCUGCGCCAGGUUCCCAGAUUUCUGCGUGCCCUCACAUUACGCCAAGUAGAAUUCCCAUGCUAAAAAGAGCCCGGGUCAUAGGACUGGUGGCUUUUUAUUUGUUAAUGUGUACAUACCGGAUUUUAGGAGUUCCUUGAGUUUUUGGUCUUACUUGAAAAUACCGGCUUUAACCCUUUCCUCCGCCCCGGGAGGAGGAAGGCAGCACGGCCUUCUUCCUCCACGGGAGGAGCCAGAAAGGGUUAACGCCUCAUAGUGAUUGGGGAAAAUACGUUAUGUGUUUGUGAUGUUUCUAAGUUAAAGCCGCAGUUUCGCUGGAGGGCGGUCUGGUGUCCUUCCCCCCCCGGCCACUCUCCUACAGUGCCCACUACUCUACUGAAACCUGUAAACUUUAUUAAACUGACAACUUCCAUGAGUGAAGUGAUGGAAUAA